AUGUCCGUUCCAAAAUUUAAACAUCAAAAGCUCGGUGCUUCUGGCUUAUCGAUCAGUCCCGUUAUAAUCGGAUGUAUGACAUUUGGAAGUAAGGAAUACUCCGACUGGGUAAUUGACGAUGAGGACAAGGUUAUGCUGAUCUUGAAGAAAUGCUAUGAUAAUGGACUUCGUACAUUUGAUACUGCCGAUGUCUACUCCAAUGGUCAAUCGGAAAUACUUUUGGGCAAGUUUUUGAAGAAAUACAACAUUCCAAGAGAAAGAGUUGUUAUUUUGACAAAAGUGUUCUUUCCCGUUGAUACUACCGAUCCUGAUUUCAGUAUUGGCAAAUACUCUCAGAAUAAGUAUCCUGAGGUUGAUUAUGUUAACGCUCAAGGCUUAUCGAGAAAACACAUUUUCGAGGCUGUGAAAAAUUCAGUUGAAAGACUUGGUACGUACAUUGAUGUGCUUCAAAUCCACAGGUUGGAUAACGCAACUCCUAAGGAAGAAAUCAUGAAAGCCUUGAAUGAUGUCGUGGAGUUGGGACACACAAGGUACUUGGGUGCAUCUUCUAUGAAAGCCACGGAAUUUGCUCAAUUGCAAUUUAUCGCAGACAAACAUGGAUGGGCAAAGUUCAUAAGUAUGCAAAACUACUACAACUUGUUGUAUCGUGAAGAGGAACGGGAAAUGAUUCCAUUUUGCAACGAUAACAUUUUUGGCAAGGUUGGUCUAAUUCCUUACUCCCCUAUAGCUCGUGGACUUCUAGCUCGUCCUUCGAAGUCUACAGCUACCGAGAGAUUCAAGUCAGAUGCUCGUAUAAAUCAGUUGGGCUUGGACAAAUUGUCAGACUCGGAGGAAAUUAUCAUCAGUCGAGUUGAGCAAUUGUCCAAGAAGUUGGGUGUGUCUAUGGCUGCUAUAGCUACGAAGUGGGUGCUUAGCAAAGGUGCUUUUCCUAUCGUUGGUGUAAACUCUGAGGAACGUGUGGAUGAUAUUUUAUCGGCAUUUUCCUUCGAGUUGAAAGAGGACGAUUUGGCUUACUUGGAAGAGCCGUACGUUCCUCGUCCUCUUCAGUUUUAG